GUAGCCGCCACGGUCAGCGGCGUGAGGGCCAGGCCUACGUUCGAGAUCUCCCGGAGCCGGAGAUCUCCCCCUGCCCCGCCAAGCCCGGGCCCGGGCCCGGAGGCGCGCAGAGUGCCCAGGGAGUCCGCGAGCGCCGUCCGGUACCUUCUAACAGGAAGGAUGGACUUGGGGAAGGGCAAACUCCUGAGAACCGGCCUCAACGCCCUCUACCAGGCGAUCCAUCCUGUCCAUGGCAUCGCCUGGACUGACGGGAAGCAGGUCGUCCUGACAGCACUGCAGCUGCAGAACAAGGAGCCCAGGUUUGGGGACUCGAGGAUCAUCGGGCAGUUUGAGCACGUGCAUGGGCUGUCCUGGGGCCCCCCGGGGUCAGGGGGCAGCCCUACACUUCUGGCGGUGCAGCACAAGAAGCACGUCACCGUGUGGCAGCUGUGCUCAAGUUCCUCAGAGAGAAGCAAGCUGCUGGUGUCCCAGACGUGCGAGAUUGGGGAGCCCUUCCCUGUGCUCCCCCAGGGCUGUGUGUGGCACCCCAAGAAGGCUAUCCUGACCGUGCUCACCAGUCGGGACGUCUCUGUCCUCCACUCCGUCCACUGUGACAGCUCCAGGGUCAAGGCCGACCUGGUCAAGGUCCAGGGCUUUGUACACUGUGCGGGCUGGACCCGUGAUGGCCACAGGCUGGUGGUGGCCGUGGGCAGUGCCCUACACUCUUUCGCGUGGGAUGACUCCCAGAAGACGCUGCACGCGUGCUCUUUCUGCCCUGUGUUGGACAUAGGCAGUCGCAUCUGCUCAGUGCUGGCCACUGUGGACAUGCAGAUCGUGGUGGCCACCGAGCUCCCACUAGACAAGAUCUGUCGCCCCAACUCGAUGGAGGCCUUGGAGAUGUUAGCCGCGGAAGAGAUGCAGCCCUCCCCCUCGUCCCUGACAGGCGGUGCAGAGCUGCCCUUUGUGAACACCGGGAAAGCGUCCCCCGACUCGGCACUACCCUGCUCGUCUGCUUCCCUCUCUUCGUCCUCCCUGGACCCCUUGGAUCUCCCUCAGGUGCUCCCUGGGAACUAUCGAUCUGAUUCCAGCCCCCUCUUCUGCCUCAGCGAGAAGGACUGCUUGUCUGGGCCUGGCCAGGACUCCUCCCAUUUGGUCCUGGUGACCUUCGAUAGCAUGGCCACCAUCACCCGGAAGGUGGGCGUCCCUGGCAUCCUGGUGCCGGACCUGCUGGCGUUUGACCCCACGUCACAAGUGGUGGCUGUUGCCUCCAACACGUGCCACAUCCUUCUCAUUUAUUCCCUGAGCCCCACCUUGGCACCGGAUGUCCAGUGCAUCCGCCUGGAGACCUGUGAGAGGCCCAAGGGCAUUUGUUUUCUGACGGACAAACUCCUCCUGAUUUUGGUUGGGAAGCAGAAGUUCUCAGAUCCCACUUUCCUUCCCUCCUCCAAGUCUGACAGGUACACCAUUCGCUUGGCAGUCCGGGAAGUCAGCUUUGAGGAAGAGCCCUCCUUGCAGUCUGCCCGGAGCCAUCGAGAUUUCUGCAAUGUUGGCAUGAUGCUGGGCACGGGCAGCAAGAGGAAGCCCGGGGAGAGCCAUCACCCCAUCUCCUGCCCCCAGAGGAGGGAGCUCCUCCUCCCUGGGAACCUUGCCAUCCAGUCUCUAGCCAGCAGGAAGACCCUGAUUGAAGAAAUCACUGUGGCUUCCCCGGUGCCGAGCCCCAGGCCCGACCCCCCACAGCUGAGCAAGCCCUCACCCACUCCCAACGCUGCUGCUGCCUCUGUGGAGGAGACGGAGGCCGUGUCUAGCCCCCCAUCCCCUAAUGCCCAGCCAAGCUCGCCCAGGACCCCAUGCCGUCUGAUCCAUGAGCCCCUGAACCUUGCCCAGGGCGGAGUCUCCUGGAAUGAAAAGGAAGAAAGUCAGCUGUGGGGGACCCUGGAGAGCUUGUCGGGGAGCUUCACGGCCCUCCACCAGCGCCUCUCAGAGCUCCUAGACCUUCUGCAUGGGAGGAAGCAGUCACCGCCCCCCACCACCUACCCGCCUACUCAAGAUCCGUCUUUUCUUCUCAUCAAGUACCAGAAGCCAUCCCCAACAGGGCCCACGGAGGACAAGAGAGCAGUCCUUCUCUGUGAUGGCAAGUUGCGCCUCCAGAUGGUUCAGCAGAUGUUUGGCCUCUCUCUGGUGGAGAUGCAGCACGGCUCUCUCUGGAUCGUCCUUUCUGCCGACAGCGAAGGCUUCGUCCCUCUCACGUUCUCCGCCUCCCAGGAGAUCACUGUCCGAGAUGGCAGCCGUAGUGGGCUGGGCUCCCCAACCCAGUGAGUCAGCGUCCUCCCGCUGGGGGGGGGGGGGCGUUUGUACCUGAGAAGUACCCAGAGCUCUGUGCGGCUCUUUUGCAGUGUUGGGUGCCUGGAGCUCUCGGGGACAGAUGAGCUCGAAAGGUGCCGGGGCGUCACUUUAUAGAAAGACAGGAAGAAUAAAGUCUGGUGAUGCUCCCACUGAGGAGUCUCUCCUUCCAUGGCUGCCACCUGAGAGUCCUACUGGCCCCUGACAGCUCAGGGAGCUCUGGGUUGGGCUGGGCUGGGCUGGGAGCCAAGGAGGCCUGAGCUCAAAUCCGGCCUCCUAGGGGAGUCAUGUCACCAGCCCUUGCCUCAGUUUCCUCACCUGUAAGAUGAGGAUCAUAGUAGUAGCCCCCUCCCAGGGUGGUUGUCUAGGCAUUGUGGUAACAAGUGAAAGCUUGUCGGUUAGGAUAACUGAAGGACCUGUGCUCUUGUAUCCAGUUUUAAAUCUCACAGCAUGUACAUCCCCCAAGGGGCCACCACACCCCAAAAUGUACCAGGCACUGCUCCUGACCCUGGGAAGGUGAAAACAAAAAACCACAGUCUGCCCUCAGGGCCCUUGCAGUCUGUGGGGACUCUGCGGGUGGAGAAUGGAGUUCUGGGGGGUGGGGGGACCCCGAGCCGGGUCCUGAGAGGCAGAAGGGAGAGGGGAGCACAAUCCAGGUAGAAGGGGCAGCCUAGGCAAAGGCCCAGGGUGGGAAGGGGGAGGGUCUUGUUCCUGGUCACUGUCUGGAAGACGCUGAGGGGAGGGGCGAGGCUUGGAGAACCUCUAAUGGCAAACAGCAUUUUGUGUUUGCUCCUGGAGAUGGGGGGUGGGGAGCCUUAGGAAGGCCCUUUGGGGGUCAAAUGGAGGAUGCACUGUGGUGGGGACUCCAGCAGCUACUAGCCUAGUCCAGGGGUGAGGUGACGGGUGCCCGCACCAGUUGGGGGCAGGGUCAGAGCAGAGAAGGGGGCACGACCAAGAGAUGCUGUCCCAGUGAAAGGAUCAGGCCUUGGGGAGCUCCCUUUGCAGCUACAUUGGUCCAAACCCCAUUCUUCCUCCUCAUCAGAAUUGGUGAGAAGCUCUGGGGAGUCUGAGAAACAUAUCCUCAAACCAGGCUCACUGGGAAACAACCCUAGUCAGCCCACAAACAUUUAUUAAUCACCUACUGUGUGCCAGGCAUGGAUUAAGAGCUGGGGGUACAAGAACAGGCAAAAACAGGCCUUGCCUUCAAGGAGCUUAGGGUCGAAUGGGGGAGAGAACAGGGAAAUGACGGUGUACAAACAAGAUCCGUACAGGACAACGUGCAGCUCAUCUCAGAGGGCAGGCACUGGCAUUCAGGGAAUCAGGAAAGGAGGAGGUGAACCCGGUAACAGAGAGCUUUAACAUGGCAAGCCUUGUUCUGAGAGCAGUUUGGGACCAUGCCCAGAGGACUGUGGGGCUGGGCAUGCCCUUUGACCCAGCAAUACCACUGCUGGGUCUGUAUCCCAAAGAGAUCAGAGAAGAGGGAAAAGGUCCCACGUGCACAAAAAUAUUUCUAGCAGCUCUUUGUGGUGGUAAAGAAUUGGA